UAGGACGUCUACAUGAUUUGGAAAAAUGGAAAAGAUGACAACUCGUAGUCUGAUUUUCCUUGUUCUGUCAAUUCCCAUAUUGGCAUCAAAGACAAGAAUAGAAGAAACAAGGCAAUUUGAAAAAAGAAAAGAAAUACCCAUGAGUUUUAUAAAAACUGAGGAAUAUGAUGACGAAAGAGAAGCAGUUGGAAACAGCAUGGAAUGUGCAUUUAAUGAAUCGGAAAUAGUUCAGUGUGGAGAUGACACGCACAGUUGUGUGGAGAAAUGUGGAACAUCUUAUAAUCUGAACACAUCUGAAGAAUCAGUGCCUCCAUUUGUCUGUCAAUGCGACACCUUAUGUUCCCAUUAUGGUGACUGUUGCAAGGACUAUAUCGAAACAUGUGUAUCUAAAAAAGUAAGCGAAGACCUUCAAGAGAGUAAAAAAGACAUGUACGAAUGUACUAGAAUAUAUGGUAAUGUCCAUGUGUUUCUGAUAAAGGAAUGCCAGGCUGAACACCAGGGUGGAGAGAUGGAAGAAGCGUGUAAGGGGUCCUCUCACGAUAUCAUCAGUAGGACCCCUGUAAUGGAUGUCAAACAUGGACACCAAUAUAAGAACAUAUAUUGUGCUAAAUGUAACAAUGCAGGUGACCACAUUCAGUCAUGGAAUGUCACAAUUUUGUGUUUGAAAGGUACACUUUCUAAUGAGGAAUUGUUUAAUAUUGAUGCUGAUGUCUUCUUCAAUUUGGUAGGCAGUGGUGGUAAAUGCCGUUUGGAAUUCAAACCUCCAUUGCUAUCAGAAACUUCAAUAUUGGCAAAUCAAAAUUUAUCAGAAACUAAAAAAGUGGCAAGUCUGUCAGAUAACCAAACAAUGGCAAUUUUUCUGUCAGAUAACCAAACAGUUGCAAUUCAUCUGUCAGACACAGAAGCACCAGAAAAUCACCAGAGCAGAAGUCAGGGCUCAGAUAUUAAAACUUUUGAAAACCGUCUAUGUUUUCCCAUGAUUAGGGACUGUCCAGAUUGUGCAGGUUCCCUCCUAGAGAAGUUGUGUACUACUGAAGGGCAGAAUCCACUAAAACAAUUAUCAUCAUCAAGGACUUAUUACAACUGGUUUUGUUUUCGGUGCAAUAACAGAGUCAAUUCUAUGACCCAAGCUACGUGUGCAAGUUCAUUUAAAGGGCCAGGGGGAGGCUUUGCUUUGGCUCCUUUUUUCUCUUUUCAACUCUUGUUGGAUGUCACAGGAAAGGAUGCCGUUGACAUAACAGUUGAAACCAAAGGGAACCUUUUGGGUCUGACACCAUUCACAAUCACAUGUGAAUCAAAAUCACAGUGUGGAACCAGGACCUGCCCAGUUAACUAUAUAAGGACUGGAUCAACUUGCAGCAUGGAGAAGAUAGUCAUUGUAGAGCUCAAGUGUAUCAUCCAACAGUCCAAUAUAACAGAACAAAUUAUCCACACAUGGGAGUUAAAUGCACUGGUGAAUGAUUUAAUGUCAGAUGCCAUAUCUGCACAUUACAGGACAGUAGGUUUUCUCAAUGUUGAUUUUCAACAAAAUGGCUUGGUAGACUUUGCUUUUUAUGCCCAAGUUCCAGCAUAUGCGUCUAUCGCAAAUAUUGAUCAACAAUUAACUGACAAUUUUCAGGCCAUGUUGACUUACAUUGAGAAGUCACAUAAUGUGGCAUUUUCAUUAGGAAUUAACAUGACAUUCACUAUCACACAAAAUGCUAUGACAAAAAGAAUCAAUGGUGAUGACACAAAAGAGGAAAACGAAGGCGAGACAAAAGAAAAUGGGAAGGCUAAUGGCACAGAAGGUAAAAACAAAGAUACUAAAAAAGAAAAUGAAUUGACGGUUUCAAGAGGUUACUCGAUGCAACACAAAUAUUUGACAGACAUCAUGCCUAUUUUGCUUGUGCCUCUUUUUGUUCACCUUUAUGUUCAAUAGCAUAUGUUCAUUAGAUCCGAACAUCAAAUCCAAAUAAUUAUUCAAAUACAUUUUUAAAUAUGUACCACUGCAAAUUGUCUGCAAUUUAGACAGAAAAAUGAAUAAAUAGGGUCUAUCUACAGAAUGAGCCCCAAAAAUUCAUAUUAUUUAUUUUAUGCUAGUUUUUCAUAUCAGUAACCUAUAGAUUCUCUAUAGUCUCGGUUUGGAGAACGAUUUUUAUAAAAAAUUUAUUAGCUUAGGGGACUGUUCUCCAAACCGAGACUUGUUUAAUUCCAUAUAACACUUGAAAAUGUGGGAUUGAUCAAUCAAACAGUUUGCCUGGAAAUGUGUAAACAAGAAUUGCCUUAUACUAUUGGCAAUCACAAUAUAGCAACCAUGACAGUGCGAUAAAAUUCCCCAUGGAAUACCAACA